UGUAUAAUCUACUCAGCUGGUUUUGUUUUUUAGAAAGUUAUAACAAAGUUAUUUAGUAAUAUGAAUGCAAGCAGCACUGAUGGGUCGUCCAGCACAUCUACAAAGCGUUUGAAAUUGUCCGAAAGUUCCAACGGUGACGCAACAGCUUCCCGAAAGAGCUUAUCGGGCGUUGAACUUGUAUCUGUAUUGAACGAUAAGACGAGUCAGAAGGCCAUUUUUGUUCAUGGCAGAAUUGCUUCAGCUAAAAGUGAACAGACUGCCGAUGAUGCUGUUAUAUUAUUGGAGAAGAAGCCUUUCAACCAAAGCCAAUUGCAGGAAAUACUAAGUAGCCAAACCAAAUUAACUGUUGACUUGGAAAACGAUAUUUAUUCCACUUAUACUGCGUAUCCACCACCAUUAGUUUCGGAUAUUAAAGCAACAAUUAUUUGUCCAGCCGCUGAAAAACACAUUCGUAAAUACAUGAAACAAAAGUUAACAGUUGUUCGAGAAACAAAAGAAGAUUAUCUCAACAUUACAAUGCCUUUUUUAGAAAAACAGAUCGCAUCAAAUGUCUUUAAUUUACAAUGGGUGUUUAACAUACUUGAACACAAGGCAGAGACAGAAAGAGUUUUGUUUGAAGAUGAUAAUAAAAACACGGGGUUUAUGUUAAUGCCUGAUAUGAAAUGGGACCGAAGUGACGUUAAAUCUCUCUAUGUUAUGGCAUUGCCACACAAACGUGGCUUAAAAUCUAUCAGGGACUUAACAGCUGAGCAUAUACCACUGUUGGAAAAUAUACAAACCAAAGGCUUAGAGGUGAUUGAAAAGUUGUUCAAAAUUCCCGCUAAUGAGCUGAGAGUUUAUUUUCAUUACCAGCCAUCUUACUACCACCUUCAUGUUCAUAUAAAUCAUAUUGAAUUGGAUUUACCAGGAACUGAAGCUUUAAGAGCUCAUCUACUUUCUGAUGUCAUUGAAAAUCUUAAACUAACUGGAGAUUAUUAUCAAAACAAAACCUUCACGUUUGUACUGCAAGAAAAUAAUUUCUUGUUCACAGAGUUUGCGAAAGCAAAUAAGGCUUUAAACUAAAGUAAUGGAAGUUAAUAAGAUAAUAAAUUUAUUUUCUUUAUAGCGAGUUUAAUUAACAAUAAAAAAUUUUAUCAAUUCAAUCAUUAAAUCAUGCCUAUUAAUUAGAUAAGCAUAUUGAAUGUUUUUGUAAAGGAAUUUGUAGCCGUAUUCAUAAAUUGUUGUACAAAUACAGCCUAUUUUUUAAAUAUUUACUCAGGAAAUUAUUUCACAUGGUUGAGUAAAUAUAUUUGGAUGAUUAUCCAGCUUUAAAAGAUUUACAACUUCUUUCUUACAG